CAUGUCAUUGUCAAUCCGUAAAAGUGUCAUGUCAGUGUAGUACGGUGUAGUUAUUCUUUAUUAUUUUAGAAAAAAAUGUCAGGAUCAAAGAAAAUGACGUUGCGAGUGCAGUCCUCGGAGGGGACGACGCGUGUCGAUGUGCUGGACACCGACUGCACGUCACGCCUGUUUGAACGCGUCUAUGAAACCUUACACCUCAACACUUUCGGAUUUGCAUUGUACAAAGAUCGCUCGCGGAAGGAAGAGAUCGUAUCGAGCAAGUCACGUCAGCUGCAAGACUACGGCUUACAACAUGGAGACAUGAUUUACUUGACUUCUGUAAAUGGCACUGUGCUCUUUGACCAGCCUUCUACAAGCAGUGCAGUGGUAACUAGUAAAUCACCUGAAGAGCAAUCGGAACCAGGCUCAUCUUCAGCAGAACCCUCUCAAUCAGGAAAACAAACAACAAAGACUAAUGCACCUGUAGAGGAUGAAGUAGACCUGGAGCUCUAUCGCCUUCCAGGGACCAUACAGAGACAGAGAGAUGAAAAAUUAUGUCGCCACAACUCAAAAGGAUGCUGUGUACACUGCUCUCCGCUAGAGCCUUGGGACGAGGGCUAUCUCAAGGAGCACAACAUAAAGCACAUGUCGUUUCACUCAUACUUACGCAAGAUGACCUCCGGCAAGUUCAUCACAUUAGAUGAACUCUCCUGCAAAAUUAAACCAGGCUGCAAGGAGCACCCGCCGUGGCCGCGCGGCAUCUGCUCGUCGUGCCAGCCCGGCGCCGUGACGCUGAACCGGCAGCCCUACCGCCACGUGGACAACGUGCUGCUGGAGCACGCCGCGCCCGUCGACCGCUUCCUGGCCUACUGGCGCGCCACGGGCCACCAGCGCAUCGGCCUGCUGUACGGGCGCUACGAGCGGCACCCCGACGUGCCACUCGGCAUCCGAGCGCGCGUGGCCGCCAUCUACGAGCCGGCGCAGGAGAGCUCGCGCGACGAGGUGCGCCUGCGCCCCGACGAGCGCGCCGAGCUGGCGGCGGCGCUGGCGGCGCGGCUCGGCCUGCGCGCCGUGGGCUGGAUGUUCACCGACCUGCUGCCGCUCGACCUGGCCAACGCCACCGUCAAGCGUCUGCGCGGUGUGGACACACACUUCCUGUCGGCGCAGGAGUGCAUCAUGGCAGGUCACUUUCAGAACCAGCACCCCAACGCGUGCCGCCACGCUUCCUCCGGCUACUUCGGCUCCAAGUUCGUCACCGUCUGUGUCACCGGUGAUAGCAAUAACCAGAUCCACCUGGAAGGCUACCAGGUGUCGGGGCAGUGCGCGGCGCUCGUCCGCGACGACAUAUUGCUGCCCACGCGCGAUGCGCCCGAGCUCGGCUACAUCCGUGACUGCGGCCCGCGCCAGUACGUGCCCGACGUCUACUACAAGGAGCGGGACGCGUACGGCAACGAGGUGGGCGUGUCGGCCAAGCGGCUGCCCGUGGCGUACCUGCUGGUGGACGUGCCGUGCGGCGUGGCGCCCGCCAGCCAGGCGCCCACGUUCAGCCCGGGCGCCGCCUUCCCGCCCGCCAACCGCGCGCUGGCCGGCCACGUGCAGUCGCUGCGCGCGCUGCACGAGCACCUGGAGGCGGCGCCGUCGCUGCUGGAGGCCGCGUCCGACUUCCACGCGCUGCUGUACAUGGCCAGCAACGAGGCGCAGCCGCUGUCGCUGGAGCAGCUGGCGCCGCUGCUGGCGGCCGUGGCGGCGCGCGACGCGGCGGCCGCGCGCGCCUGGGCCGCCGCGCCCGCGCCCGCCGCGCUGCUGCGCCGCGCGCGCGCCGCCGCCGCGCCCGCGCCCGCGCUGUGGACCUGCCCGCUCUGCACCUUCCACAACGCCGCGCCGCAAGACGCCUGCGAGAUGUGCGCCAUGCCCCGGAACGCGAUGUAAAUAGAAGAAUGCUCACGGGAGAGUUCACUUUUAUACUAAAGACAGCGCGAGGCGCCGCCGGAAACUAGAAAUUAUUAGUCGCUAGCUCGAUUUUGUUCUAUUGUUUACUUUAAGUCAUUGGAAAUAAAUGCUAUUUUAUCGUAUCCUAUUGUUUUACGAGCGAGUUGUCCGUCGUCGGCGCGCAGCCGGAGUAGCGCGACACUCGUCUACUCUCUGUUUACUGCGCUUACCGAGUGAUGUCUGACCUGUUUAUCGGCCCACAAAAACCUUACAAGUCUGAUAGUACAGCGAACAGUUUUCGAUUAUUUCCACUCGACUCGAGUUUUAUUCAUAUAAUUUACGCUAUUAUAUUCAUGUUUAACACGGAUUGUUACUAAAAAUAUGUCUUAUUGCAAUGUACGUAAAUGUUCAUAACAUCGUUAGUGUCACUCGGAAUGCGGUGUGACAUGUGACGUCACACGUCACAGUCCCCGCUGCGCCGUAUUUAACACAUUAACUUUAUUUCAACUAUAGACCUGUCGCGCCUCCGCUUCCGCUAUCGAGAGAAUAUUGUUUGCUCUGCUACAGUAUUUGUGUAAAGUACGUUUAUUUAUUGUAAUGAAACGAUGGUGAUGUCCUCACGCCGGGUGUCGGUCGCAGUAAGUUUUAUACAAAGAGCAGAUAAAUACAGUGUGCGCUGUACUCAA